AAAUGCUAUAUAUAGAUAGAAGUGAAACCUAGGGGCAAAGCAAGAGAAACUUCUUGUGUGAUCUACUUAACCAUCUGUAACAUCUUUUCAAAUAUUGAAGUUAAUAUGCUAGGCUUGGCUACCUCCACAAGACCUCUACCUAUCCCUUUUUCCUCUUUCAACUCAUCAAAGGCAAAAUCAAUAGCCUGUCUCUCUACUAAUGGCAUGAAAACUGGACCAGUACCACUUACUCACUCUCCUAAUAUCUCCACUAAUCUUUCAUCUUCUGAUGGAAUUAACCCCAUUAGGCGUUCAGGGAAUUACGAGCCUACCAUGUGGAAUUUUCAAUUUAUUCAGUUCACACACAAUCGUUAUGCGGGAGAGGAGUAUAUGAAGCGCUUUGACGAACUGAAGGCAGAAAUGAAGAGGAAUUUGAUGAUGAUGGUUGAGGGAUCAGAAGAAUUAGAAAAGUUGGAGUUGGUUGAUAAUUUACAAAGGCUUGGAGUGUCUUACCACUUCAACCAUGAAAUUAUGCGAAUCUUGAGGAGCAUUCACCAAAAUGCAACCCCAGAAGAUUCAUUAUAUUCCACAGCCUUGAAGUUUAGGCUCUUGCGACAACAUGGUUUUGAUAUCUCUCAAGAUAUAUUGAACAAUUUCAAGGAUGAGCAGGGCAACUUCAAUCAAAGUCUUUGUAAAGAUACAAAAGGGUUGUUACAAUUAUAUGAAGCUUCAUUUCUCUCUACGGAAACUGAAAACACCAAUUUGGAUGCUGCUAAUACAUUCGCACGGUCACAUCUAGAGAAUUAUUUGUACAAUAAUUUAUAUGGUGAGCAAGACAAUCCGACAGUCGCACUAGUGCGCCAUGCCCUGGAACUUCCUUUGCAUUGCAUGAUGUUGAGAGUAGAGACAAGGUGGUACAUUAACAUUUAUGAGAGAAUGCCAAAUGCUAAUCCUCUUUUGCUCGAGCUUGCUAAGUUGGAUUACAACAUUGUGCAAGCAACUCAUCAAGAAGAUAUUAGAAAUCUAUCAAGGUGGUGGAAGAGCUCAUGCCUUGCAGAAAAAUUGCCAUUUUCAAGGGACAGAAUUGUUGAAGCUUUCCUAUGGAUAGCUGGGAUGAUGGUUGAGCCUCAAAAGAACCAAUCCUGCCGAAUAAUGUUGACAAAGGUCACUGCUAUGGCUACAGUCAUAGAUGACAUUUAUGAUGUUUAUGGCACUCUUGAUGAAUUGGAACUCUUCACUGAUGCUGUUGAAAGAAUGGAUGUUAAAGCAAUGGAUCAGCUUCCAGAUUAUAUGAAAAUAUGUUAUCUUUCACUCUUCAACACUAUCACUGAAAUUGCCUACGAAGUUCUCAAGGAGCAUGGGGUCAACGUCACACCUUACCUUAUAAAAUCAUGGGCAGAUUUGUGCAAAGCUUACUUACAAGAAGCAAGAUGGUACUACAACGGAUAUACUCCGAGUCUGGAAGAAUACAUGGAUAACGCAUGGAUUUCAGUUGGAAGUCCUGUGAUGGUAGUGGGUGCAUUCUUCUUUGCCACAGAUCCAAUUACGAAAGAGGCAUUGGACUGGUUAAGCAAGUACCCUGACAUAAUUCGUUGGUCUGCUACAAUUAUUCGUCUUGCCGAUGACUUAGUAACAUCAUCUGAUGAAAUGGAAAGAGGUGAUGUUCCCAAGUCAAUUGAAUGUUACAUGAAUGAGAAGGGUGCUUCUGAAGAAGAAGCAAGAAAACACAUCAAUUCUUUGAUAAAGGAGACAUGGAAACUGAUCAACACAACUCAAAAGGAAAAUUCGUUAUUUUAUGGAAAAUUCAUUGAAUGUGGAGUAAAUAUUGCAAGAACGGGACAAACCAUUUACCAGCAUGGAGAUGGGCAUGGAAUUCAAAAUUGUGAGAUUCAAAAUCGUAUAUCCAAAUUAUUCUUUGAGCCCAUAACAAUUUCAAUCCCAUAAAGUCCUACAGUUCGGUUUUUAUAUAUGUAUAAUUAAAUUUUAUGUUGUGUCUCACAUAACUGAUGUAAGUCGUGUGAAACUUUUGUUAAUUUAGUUUAUAAAAUAGCAGACCCUUAUACU